CCCCGAUGCCCGAGCCAGGCCCCAGGAUGAACGGCUUCUCGCUGGGUGAGCUGUGCUGGCUCUUCUGCUGCCCGCCCUGCCCGAGCCGCAUCGCCGCCAAGCUGGCCUUCCUGCCGCCCGAGCCCACCUACACGGUGCUGGCGCCCGAGCAGCGUGGCCCGGGCGCGCCCUCCGCCGCGGCCCCGGCUCAGGCACCCGCCUCUGCCGCCGCUGCUCCCGGCGCGGCCCAACCUCCUCCAGCGGCGGCGGCGGCGGCCGAGGAGGGCCCGGGCGCGGCGCCCGGAGCGUGCAGCCUGCACCUGAGCGAGCGCGCCGACUGGCAGUACUCGCAGCGCGAGCUGGACGCCGUCGAGGUCUUCUUCUCGCGCACGGCCCGGGACAACCGGCUGGGCUGCAUGUUCGUGCGCUGCGCGCCCUCCAGUCGCUACACGCUGCUUUUCUCGCACGGCAACGCUGUGGACCUGGGCCAGAUGUGCAGCUUCUACAUCGGCCUCGGCUCUCGCAUCAACUGCAACAUCUUCUCCUACGACUACUCGGGCUACGGCGUGAGCUCGGGCAAACCCUCCGAGAAGAACCUGUACGCCGACAUUGACGCCGCGUGGCAGGCACUGCGCACCCGCUAUGGCGUCAGUCCUGAGAACAUUAUCCUGUACGGGCAGAGCAUCGGGACCGUGCCCACCGUGGACCUGGCCUCACGGUACGAGUGCGCAGCUGUCAUCCUGCACUCACCCCUGAUGUCCGGUCUGCGCGUGGCUUUCCCCGACACCAGGAAGACCUACUGCUUCGACGCCUUCCCCAGCAUUGACAAGAUAUCCAAAGUCACUUCUCCCGUGCUGGUCAUCCACGGGACAGAGGAUGAGGUCAUCGACUUCUCCCAUGGCCUGGCCAUGUACGAGCGCUGCCCCCGGGCCGUGGAGCCCCUGUGGGUGGAGGGGGCCGGGCAUAACGACAUAGAGCUCUAUGCACAGUACCUGGAAAGACUAAAACAGUUCAUCUCUCACGAGCUCCCUAACUCCUGAAGACGACGAGCCCCCGUUACCUCAUCUGCUGUGGACAGAAGGGCCCUCCUCUCCGCACCUGCUGUGACUGUGACAGCUCGUGGAGACAGUUGCGCCCAGCCUGCGCUCCCAGCCUUCACGGUGUCCUCCUCGAAGAGCCAGCACUGUCCCCGUCUCCUGCAUCGCCAGCCGGUUCUGCGCAGUCCCCACCACAGGUUCAACUCCCGCGGUCCCAGGCUCCAGCUCUGUGACCUUGCCGGAAGAGGCCCAUGAGCCGAGCAUGGGGACCGUGCCCUGGUCUCGUGUUGCCCCCUGCUCCUUCCCCCACCCCCGUCCCAUCUCCGCUGUCCAUCCCGGCGUCGGACACCUGUCGGGCUCUCGUCUCAGUUGCCAGACGGGUGGGUCCAGACCCACUAGUGCUGCUGUCGGUAGCAUCACUGGAAAGCUUUCAUGGUGAAAACCCCUUUAACUCGUUUUGGUUCUAGGACAAGUCUCCCCCAAACACACACACUGGAGAAUUAGCUUCCUGGAAAUUCCUGGAACAGCCUCAUCAACUGCAGCCCCAUGAAGUAGAACUGGAAGGCUCUCACACUGGGGUUGGUUUUGGGGUUUUUUUUAUUUUGUUUUUUUAAAGUGUACAUUUCUUACCAGCCAGCAGUUUUCCUAUUUGGAGUGUCUGGCAGAUCUAACCAAGAGCCUCGCGGGACUUGGCUUCACUGAAGUCCCCCCCAGGAGACUUUUUAAGCAGUACUGUACAUAUUUGCAAUGCCGUCGUGCAUAGAUUCUUAAUGGGUAGUUUCCCCCCUUGGUCAGGCUACAACGAUGAACCGCACACUUCCUUGUUUGUAAUGUAAAUGAUUGAACACCUUUUGUUAAUACGUUUUUAUUCCUAUGUUUUGCUAUUAAAAAAAUUUUAUAACAUUUGCAAGAUGAAACUUCCAAGUUUAUGCUUUGGAGACUUUCUGAAAAUUUCACGAGACAAAUCUUUUUUAGUUGAGGAACUUCCUCUGGGUGUUGACACUGGAGCGGGCGCUAUAGAGGCAUUGGGAAGAACGCUGAGCGCUUCAAAUUGCUACACUGCUUGUGUUGGUUGGGGGUGUGGGUUUGGGGCUUCUUUGGUUUGAUUUCUCUCUCUCUCUUUCUUUUUUUUUUUUUUCUGAAAUUUAAAAGCCUUAAAUGUACUGUAAGCCUCAGAUCGUUGUACAACUGGAUUACAGGCGAUUGCCAGUUUGUGUACUGUUGCUUGGAUGGGACCCAGUGGUUGGUAAUGGAAUAAAGGAUGCAUGGAUCAGAA